AUGGCAAAUGUGACGCAUCCCUCAACUGCCGAUCCAGCCGGGCGUUCAUCGAUGGGAAAAUUCCCCCGGGAUCGUGAUGGGGCGGAGAAUAAGUCUCGAGGCUUUGAUGUAGCUCCUCGAAAGAAAUCCGACCGUGGUCCAGAGGGUAUAGUCGACAGGAUUGAGUUCAAAGUGGCUGUUGGUUUACUAAUAACAGCUUAUGCCCUCACCGUUGGUCUUCGUGCAAACAGUGAUGACCCCAAUGGGCGGAAAUGGAUUAUGCUCGAGACACUGUUCGCCACCUGUUUCACAUUGGAAAUGUCAAUAAGAGUCUAUGCGGAGGGUUGGCGGAGUUACUUGAGAAACAACUGGUCAAAACUGGACAUUGUACUGGUGGCUGUACAAUGGGUUGACGUUGUAGUAUCAGCAGCAACGUCAGUGAAGAUCCUAUCAGUGUUCGGGGCACUAAGAGUACUCAGACUGAUGCAAGUGAUCACUAUUGGACCGGGCUAUCGGGAACUGUGGAUCGUCGUAAACGUCAUGCAGCAGCUGUUGGGAAUAAUGUGUGAGAGUGCUCAGGUAUGUAGCAGGAACAACGAAGUCCAUGCGCUUAAGAUUAGAGAGAUGGAGGAUGACAGGAUUGUAGAGGCUCUCAAGACAGUGUUCCUCACUACGGAUACGGAUGGCUCUGGAGUUGUCGAUAGAGAGGAGAUACGAGCAUCGCUGAAGGAUGAUAGAAUACGCGCCCUUCUGAAUCGGAUAGACAUCCUCAGCACAGACGUGAUGGAUCUCUGCAUUAUCAUGGAUGAGGUCAGGGGCAUAAAUGGCGGUAUUGACGCUGACGAGUUCUUGAAGAAAUGCUUGCUGUUGCGUGGAGAUGCUCGAGGUCGCGAUCUCAUACCUAUCUCGGUAGCAGUAGAAGCGGCCAUACCGCGGUUCGAACGUGUGCACAUUGCUAGCUGCAAAAGACAGGCAAGAGCAGAGCUGAGUUCACUACGGCCGAGGUUAAUGAUACCGCUGUGUUGCCAUCUCCCUCCGUGGUUCGAGAGUCAGUCCUAUCCGGAGGCCAUUGAUGCCUUGAAGAGGAGCACCUUGUCGUCCUCGGGUGAGGAUAUUAAGAACGAUGGUCUCCGCAGGGUCGCGUCGAUCGCCUCAACUUUGAGGACCCAUCACCUCGUCCGUGUAUGGGGUUACGUUCCCGAUGUAGGGCCACUCUUCUACCCCAACACUGUGCUCAGACGACAGUUUUCCGACUCCGAACUAUUGGGCUCUCCAAUCGCCAGAGGGAUAUCUGAACGUGUCCGGGCAUGCACGACAGAUAUUACGAAUGGCGCUGUGAAGGUUGAACCUGUUCUCGACAAUCCCGGCGACUGGAUGUGGUGGAGCCCUGUGGAAGGCACAGAAGGUGGGAAUAGAGGCUUCGUGGAUCGAGUUGAGGAACAACUGGAGCAUGGCUACAUCCCUGAGGUUCGUAUGGUAGUAGACGAUGAUGAUGAUACACAACUAAAUGUAACAGCUCAAUCUGAAAUAAGCACCACAGCAAUAGCACCACGGCAGAGGAAACAGUUCAUGCAAGCCGGAGGGAUAAGGUCAUCCGUUUUCAAUCUCACAACGGCCACCUUGGGUGCAGGAGCUUUGUCUCUGCCCUACGCCUUCCGCAACUCUGGCUAUCUUGUUGCUUCUCUCUGCCUACUUGUUUGUGGCUCCCUCUCCGUUACGACAAUCGGAUACAUUCAGGAUUGCAUGGAUGUCUCAAGAUGCCAGACCUUUGAAAAGCUGGCUUUUAGUUGUAGUUCUAAUCCAGCUCGAGGACGGAGGCAAGAUACCAUGUCUGUAUUGGCUCUACUUGCUAUCAUCAGCGUCAUAACCUUCUGCUUUGGUACAGCUGUCGGGUAUCUCAUCACUCUCGGGCAAAUAGGUUACACGAUUGGCUGCGCACUGCUGUCCUUCCCACUGCCUACUACUGCGGAGGGCGCCCAAAGCUCGUCGGGUACUGACAUCAUGCUCUGUAUCCUGGUUUUGGUUAUACUUUACCCCCUCUGCUUAGCCGAGAAAGUGAGUGAGCUCCGGAUACCAAGCCUAGUUGGAGUCAUGUCGGUAUUCCUACUUGUUUUCGUCAUCAUAUUCGAAGCCAUCAUGGGAGGGCAUCGGAUGGAGGAGAGCAUGAUGCUACCUUUGCUGCCGGCGUGCGGUUGGCCUGGUGUUGUCCGUACGAUGUCCUUGGUAACCUUUGCUUUCGCAUGCCAGCCGAAUGUUCCUGCGAUAUACGCGGAGUUGAAGGAAUCCGAGACGCGGAGGCGAUGUCGAGCUACUAGGAUGCGAUCGGUGGCCUUCUGGGCGGUCUUCAUCUGCUUGGGUGUAUAUUUCGGAGUGGGCGUUGCUGGUGUCUAUACUUGGGGAUUUGACACGAAGGAUAAUAUACUUUAUAACUACAAUCCUCUAUUCAAAGAUAGCUUCGAUGUAACCAUAGCAUUUAUAGGAAUGGCCAUCGCUAUUGUGGCUGCAUAUCCUCUAUGCAUUUUUCCCGCGCGAUUCGGAUUGGAAUCUGCGUUACUGGUCUUGUAUCCAUCUCGGUUUGACUCGGACGAUAGCGGCCGUGCGAGUCGUGCUGUUGUGAUACUGCUCACUGCGAUGACGGUUCUUCUGUCCCUUGGUUGUGCCAUAUUGGCACCGUCAAUGGCACAGGUGUUUGAGCUCGUGGGCAGCACCAGUGGUGCGCUCACGUGUUAUAUCCUACCAUCGUAUUUCUAUAUCUGUUUAGUCACAGGUAACCGGAUGACACUGAAAGCUGUCAAGGCUUGGUCUGUUAUGCUCAUCGGCAUUGUUUUCGCAUUUAUCGGCACAGGCGUUGCUAUCAAGGACAUGAUCAAGUAACCUGUAUAUCGCAGUAUGUGGGUUAUCGAAGGUUUUU